UGGAAUCUUGGACCAAUAAUCUUAACUCUACGGGGAGAAUAUGUGUUUAUAUAAGCAGUUAGGGUGUAUUACUGCUGUUUAAUGAAAUGUAUGUAAAAUUACUUAUGUGCUCCAGAACGGUUGGUCUUUUCUUAUUCCUGAUUUUUGCGUUAUGUGAAGCCAAUCAGCGACUCAAUAUACACAAAUAUCUUCAUUCCUUGAAAGGCAAGUCGUACAGGAAUCAUGCUUUGCUCCGUGGUGUCCCUAACGAUUUCGAAGAUUUAGAGUUCUUUAAGAAACUAGAAAGUUUGUACAAUGUCACACUUUGGAAAAAGCCUACCUUGGUUCAUAAUGUAGUGGAGUUUAGUAUAAGUCCUGAUAACUUAGCUGAACUCUAUAGGGAUACAGCGAGACAGCCUAUUCAUCUUGCGACUUUGACGAAGAAUAUACAAAGUGCUUUCGAUCAACAAAAGGCUCGGCCGUAUACCAGAGGAACUAUACAGUCAUUUAAUUGGCACAAUUACUAUCGCCUUGACGACAUUUACGAUUGGCUUAAAGACCUUAGCGACACAUAUCCGGAUGAAGUCCGAUUGCGCAGCAUUGGAAAGAGUUAUGAAAACCGGACAAUACUGGCAGUGAAACUUGCGUUAAAGGGAUCUAUAAGGAGAUCCAAGGUUAUAGUCGAAGGGGGUUGUCAUGGAAAUGAAUGGAUAUCUCCAGCGUUUGUGACCUACAUGUUAAAUACAUUACUAAAUUUCAAAAAGUAUGAAAACGAGGAAUUGGAAACUAUUGCCCUCAUGUAUUCUUGGGUUUUCGUUCCUGUAAUGAACCCAGACGGAUAUGAGUACGCUCAUAUGGCAGAUCGGUUAUGGAGAAAGAAUCGCCGGGGUGGUUAUGGCGUUGAUUUAAAUCGGAAUUAUGGAAUCGCUUUUGGGGCUCACUGCCCAGACAAAUCUAAGACCGAAAGUCGUGAAUACUGCGGUGAUAGUCCGUUCUCCGAGCCAGAAUCCGAAGCCAUGUCACUAUUUACAAAAGAAAAUAGCGAUAACUUGGAGUACUAUCUGUCCUUCCAUUCCUUCGGACAGCACAUUAUUUUACCUUACUCUUUAACUAUAGAGCAUAAAGAAAACUAUAAUUUAGUGAAAAGGAAGGCUGAAACGAUUGCAAGUCGCAUACUAGAAAAACAUGGCAUGAAGUACACUGUUGGCAAUAACUACGAUGUUGAGGGAUACCUGGCGUCAGGAACAAGCAGUGACUGGGUAAAGAGAGCUUUGAAAGUACCUUACGUGGCGACCUUUCAACUUCCCGAUACGGGCGUCCACGGAUACGCAUUACCCCCGGAGCGAAUCUUGUCCGCUUGCCAGGCAACAAUGGACGGACUGCUACUUUUUUUCGAUCCGGACAUAGAUAAAUUCUUUAGAAGUGGUGAUAAAAAUACACAAGAGAAUCGUAUUCUUCUCACAGUUAUCUUUCUGUGUAAUGUUGCUCUUUAUUUUUUGUAUAGAGUCCAUUCUGUAAUGUAUUUCAUAACUGCUGGUUUUUUUAUUUUAUUAUUAAUAACGGGAUGUGACAGCAAAUCUUAUAAAAAUCAUGCGUUGCUCCGUGGCGUUCCGUAUGACGAAACAGAGUUGAUAUUCUACAAAACGCUGGACAAGGUUUACGAUGUGACGUGGUGGAAGGAACCUACUUUUGUUGAUAAGGCAGUGGAAUUCAGCAUUGGUCCUCGUAACUUAGCUCAACUCUAUAGGGAUACCGAGAAGAUGAGCGUUCGCUUCAUUAUUGUAAUCAGGAAUUUACAGGGCGCCUUCGAUAAACAAAAAGCUAGUCCUUACUUCAGGCGUAACAUGGAGUCCUUUAACUGGCACAGCUACUAUCGCUUAGACGACAUUUACUCCUGGCUUAGAGAUCUUAGCGCCCACUACCCAGAUGAGGUGCAGCUUGGCCGAGUUGGCCUAAGUCACGAAAACAGAACAAUUAUUUCUGUAAGGCUUACAUUAAAGGGGUCUAAAAACAGAUCCAAAGUGAUAGUGGAAGGAGGUUGCCAUGCGCGAGAGUGGUUGUCUCCAGCGGUUGUAACUUACCUUUUAUACACGUUAUUAAACGCUAAAAAAUAUAAAGACGAAGAGCUGGAGCAUAUCGCCUACUUGUACACUUGGAUUUUCAUUCCUGUCAUGAACCCGGACGGAUAUGAAUACAGUCAUACAACGGAUCGCUUAUGGAGGAAAAAUCGUCGUCCUGGUGGUGGUGUUGAUUUAAACCGAAACUAUGGUAUUGCAUUUGGAAGUCACGGUGCGAGUAAAUAUCCAACCAGCAUCAAAUACUGUGGUGACGAACCUUUCUCCGAACCGGAGACGUAUUCGAUGGCAACGUUGGCAAGAGAACAUAGACACAGAUUAGAGUACUACCUUUCCUUCCAUUCUUAUGGCCAGUUUUUAAUCAUACCUUAUACACAUUUAAUAGAACAUGAGGAUAAUUUUGGCAAAGUGAAACAAAUGGCAGAUAAAGCAAUUGGACGAAUGAAAGUUAAUCAUGGGAUUACUUAUAAAGCAGGCACUGCUUACGAAACAGUGGGAUACUUGGCGUCUGGAACGAGUACUGACUGGGUUAAGAAGGCCUUAAAUGUAUCUUAUGUUUUAACAAUUGAGCUCCCCGACACUGGAGCCCAUGGCUACGCCUUGCCGCCGGGUCGGAUCCUGCCCUCCUGCCAGGCUAUUAUGGACGGGUUACUAGAAAUCCUUGCACCCCAGUCUAAAAGAUUCUUAAGACUGAAUGAGAACGCCGCACAGAAAAAUCGACUCUGUGUUAAAGUUAUAUUUUUUUGUAACGUGUUUGUGUAUAUUAUGAUAUAUGCAGUAAAUUAUUUGUGUUAAAUUCAAAA